CCAACCAGUCUCCAGAAUUCAGUGUAGCUGAAAGAGGUUUUCACUCUGCACCUGCCAAAGACCUCUCCCUCCUCUCCCCCCUUUUCUCUUCCUUUCUCUCUCUCUCUAAAAGGCAGAUCUGUAAGACCCAGCAGAGAUCAAAGACGGGACCUCUUUGCUGAAAAGAACCUCUGAUUUAUAUUAGUUUCUUUCCUCUAAUCCCCUCUUCUUUUUUAUUUUUUUUUCCUGUGCCAUAUUUAACCUUUAUGUUGCAGUUGAGCCAUCAGACAGUUUUGCAGCCAAAAAAAACCAACCCAAGCCAAAGCAAAAGCCCAGCUCGGAUACAGCAGCCACCCAGACUUGAUCUCAGUUGAACAUAUUAAUCUCUCCCAAGCACUGGACGCGAUGGAUGAAGAAACUGGAACAGCUCUACGAAAAUUAUUUUCCAGCCAAUGUUCUUAAACAGUCUCAGAGAAGAGAGGGAGCGAGAGCGAGCGGGAGAGUGCUUCUGCUGCAUCACUGGUCAAAUUCAAAGGAAAGGAGUCAGCGUUUCCAGCACAGCCAAAUAUUAUGGAUGAUUUUUUUUCUCCUGUCGCCUUUCCGUACAGGUUUUCUUAAUAUUAUUCCUCCCCUCUCCUCCUCCCCGUCUUCUUAUUUUGUUGGUGGUUUUUUGGGUUUUUUGGUUUUUUUUUUGGUUUAGGGGGUUAUUUUAAUUAAUUAUUUAUUCAGAGCUAGUGUCUGAUGCCGGUUUCUCUCCAAGAACCAGUUUUCUCUAUUUGUUGUGAUCCCUGUAAUAAAAAGAGAAAGAAACCGUGAACAGAUGGCUUUAGAUAUUGCAACGCCGCUGGCAUUGCUUUCCUAUUGAUUUUAAACGCUCAGUCCGGUGCUCCUUUUAAUUUCUUUUUCCUUUCCCCCCCCUCCCCCUUCCCCCUCCUAAGUUCUUGAUGAUACUGAGAAAUGAGGACCUAUUGUUUUUAGUCCGUUUAUUUCUCGGCGCCUAUGGAGAUAACUUUAUUGACUUGACCGCUCGCUUCCCGAUCCGAAAGGAGAAAGCCGAAGCCCCUCGGUGGGGGCUGGAAGACCCACGCUCGCUCGGGCUUUUUCCGCGAAAGCGCUCCCGACCGACCCCGCCGCCUCCCUUCCCUCCCCCUCCCCCGGUAAUUUAUUAGCCGCCCCUGCCAUGAAAAUGCUCCUGGUCCGCAAGUUCCGGGUGCUGAUCCUCAUGGUGUUCCUCGUCGCCUGCACCAUGCACAUCAUGAUCGACCUGCUGCCGCGGCUGGAGCGGCGGGGGACCGAGGGCCGCCCCGGCUGCUCCUGCCCGCCGCCCGCCGCCGCGCCACCCCGCGCCGCCCCGCGCUGGCCCGGCAAGCACACGCUGCGGAUCCUGCAGGACUUCAGCGCCGAGCCGGGCUCCAACCUCUCCUCGCAGUCGCGGGAAGCGGCGGAGCGGGCUGCGGGAGGCGGCGGUGGCGGCGGCGGCGGGGGGAGCGCGGCGGCGGCGCGGGCGCGGCGGCUCAUCGCCCCCGGGGCACCGCGCCCGCCGCCCCCCGCCGCCGCCGCCGCCCCUCUGGCCGCCCUCUUCGAGCACCCGCUCUACCGCGCCUCCCUGCCCCCGCUCGCCGACGGUGACCUGCUCUUCAAUGUCAACAGCGACAUCAGGUUCAACCCCCGGGCGGCCGAGCAGCCCGAGUGGCAAAACGAAGAGAAUGAAGAAUUUUUGCCAACUGGAGAAACCUCCAUAGACUCCUACCCAAACUGGUUAAAAUUCCACAUUGGCAUUAAUCGGUACGAGCUGUAUUCCAGACAUAAUCCUGCAAUUGAGGCUUUACUGCAAGACCUGGUCUCGCAAAAGAUAACCAGUGUUGCAAUGAAAUCAGGAGGCACCCAGCUGAAGCUGAUCAUGACAUUCCAGAACUAUGGACAAGCAUUGUUCAAACCAAUGAAACAAACCAGAGAACAAGAAACCCCACCUGACUUUUUUUAUUUCUCAGACUAUGAAAGACAUAAUGCAGAAAUAGCAGCAUUUCAUUUGGACAGGAUCCUGGAUUUCCGUCGCGUGCCACCGGUUGCAGGUAGACUGGUUAACAUGACGAGAGAAAUACGAGAUGUUACUCGUGACAAGAAGCUGUGGAGAACGUUUUUCAUCUCACCAGCCAACAACAUCUGUUUCUAUGGGGAAUGCUCCUACUACUGCUCAACAGAACAUGCACUGUGUGGAAAACCAGAUCAGAUCGAAGGGUCUCUGGCUGCUUUCCUACCUGAUUUGUCUUUAGCUAAAAGGAAAACCUGGAGAAACCCUUGGAGACGUUCCUACCACAAGCGCAAGAAAGCAGAGUGGGAAGUUGAUCCAGAUUACUGUGAAGAGGUUAAACAAACACCGCCAUAUGACAGUGGGACCAGAAUUCUGGAUAUAAUGGAUAUGACAGUUUUUGAUUUCCUAAUGGGUAACAUGGAUCGACAUCACUACGAAACCUUUGAGAAGUUUGGAAAUGAAACGUUCAUCAUCCACUUAGAUAAUGGAAGAGGGUUUGGAAAAUAUUCCCAUGACGAACUUUCCAUAUUGGUGCCUUUAAACCAGUGCUGCAGAAUAAGGAAGUCUACCUAUCUGCGAUUACAGUUAUUAGCCAAGGAAGAAUACAAACUCAGUCUCUUGAUGAAGGAAUCUUUACUAAAAGAUAAAAUAGCUCCCAUUCUCUAUCAGCCUCACUUGGAGGCAAUGGACAGGCGGCUGCGGAUUGUCCUCAAGGCUGUUAGUGACUGUAUAGAAAAGGAUGGUUUUGACAAUGUGGUUGAAAAUGACUUUAACAAUGAUGUUAACACUGUUACGACCAAGAGGUAGUGAAAUGGCAAGACUCUGUUUUUACCAGCCAAGUAAAGAAGACUCGAAAAGGAAAAAAAAGGAAACAAAAAAGUCUUGCAAGAGACUGUGUAUGCCACUUUGUGAAUUCAGUGAAUUCAGAAAUGAGAUAUAAUUGUUCCCAAAGUAGGUAAAGUGUAGACUCUGCAAAGGAUUAGCUCAUUAAGAAAAAUAAGUCUAAUGUGAUGCUUUUCAUUAGUUCCUAAAGAGAGAUUAUGAAAAGAUGCAGAACAUACUCAGAUCAUUGACAGACAACAGUCUGAUAGCAAAACACCUCCUAUCCUUUUUUGUAUAGAAAGGAGGCCUUUACUUAAUAUUUUGUAUUUAUAUAUGGUAUAUAUAUGAAAUCCCAGACCUACCUACCAAAUUUAACUAAGAGGGACGGCAUAGUUUUGUGACUCACACUUUAUUUGUGGUGACAGUCCACUUAGUAUUUUGUGUUAACCCUUUAAGUGCUCUAAUCCACUGUAUCUUAUUUAAAUUGAAUGCUUUUUUUUCUCCCAGCUACUCAGCAUUUAAAGGGUUAAGGCAUUAUGAACUUUUAAAGGCAAAAAAUUACUUAUAAUAAUAAAUAAUUAUUAUUAAUAAUAAUAAAUACAGUGGUUACAGGAAGAGAAUUUCACUAAUUGUGCAUUGACAGGAAUACUUGAAUGUUGGUUUUACAAAGUGAUGUAAAAUGACAAGUUGUACUAUUUGUCCAUAAGGAGGUGGCAGCUCAUAUCUUUCUAGACUAUCAUAGCUGAGCUGCUACUUUUCAACUUUGCUUUUGAUAGUUUUGUGUAAAUAUAUACAUAUAUGGGUACAAAGCUGCUUUCAGCAGCUCUAGGCUUACUUUUGCAGCAUUUUUGUGGAAUUGUUUGCAACGUGGUUAAAGUGCAAUAAAGAUAUGGCAAAACGUGUA